AACCAAUACAAAAUUAAGUAACAAACCCAAUUGAACAAACCAAACGAAGAAAGGAGGAAAACCGGCAAAGAUGCAUAGAAUCAUGUCCAUGUACAAGCUAUCAUCACAUUCACACAGAAAGAAGCAAGUUUCAUCAAUUGUCCCUCAACUUCAACUCUACUCCCUAUUUUGCCGUUUCUUCUCCGACUUGCCUUCAUUCAGGAAUGCUUUCGGCAUUGCAUUUGAUAUCGAUGGUGUUCUUCUUCGGGGUAAUUCCCCCAUUGGAGGUUCUCUUCAAGCUCUUAGAAAGCUAUACACUCCCUGCGAUUGUAGAGGCGCCUUAUCCAUGUCUUAAACUAUUGAGCUCUUGCACUUACCAGUUGAUGUUCUUGUGUUUGCCUUUACCUUUUUACAUAUCAUUUUUUUAUUCAUUUGUACCUAGUUUAUUUAUUAUUUAUAUGCAUUUUAUUUAUUUUUAUGUUUUUGACUACUUGGGUUUUUCUCCGUGGAUCUUUCUCGAGCUGAGGGACUCUUUGGUAGUACUCUCUUUUAUGGUUAUGAGUUGCCGCCGUCCUUCCCUCCCAAACCUUGAUCAUAGUUUCCUAUGAGCGGGAUACAAUGGGUUCCUUGAAGAUCCCCUAUGUCUUUCUAACAAAUGGGGGCGGAGUUCGUGAAUCUAAGAGAGCUAUUGAGUUGAGUAAAGUAUUUGGUGUUGAAGUUCAUGCUUCACAGGUUUUACAUGGCCAUUCACCCUUCAAACAGCUAGCACAUAGGUUUGAGAGGGAAUUGGUUGUUGCUGUUGGUAAAGGAGAACCGGCUUCUGUGAUGUCUGAGUAUGGAUUCAAGAAUGUUAUUUCUAUGAACGACUAUGCGUUGUGCUUUGACGACAUCGAUCCUCUGGCACCUCAUAAAAGAUGGACAAUGAACUUUCCUUCAGAAAAGCUAAGGAACUACGUUUGCUCGCACAAUGUCCAGGCAGUUUUUGUUGUUAGUGAUUCCGUUGACUGGGGCAGGGACAUUCAGAUUCUCUGUGAUAUAUUAAGAACUGGAGGCCUUCCCGGUGGAGAAAUUAAAAGUCAACCUCCUCUAUACUUUGCCCAUGAUGAUCUUAAGUACCAGGGUGCAUUCCCUAUUGAACGUUUUGGCAUGGGCGCAUUUAGGAUUGCUCUACAAUCUGUCUUCAACAGCAUUCACCCGCAUCCUCUUCAAUAUUAUGCAGUUGGAAAGCCUAAUCCACUUGCCUUCAAGAAUGCGGAAACUACCCUGCGGCAACUUCACAACCAUUUGACUACUAAUCGAGAUUCUGGUGUUAUUAGUCCAUUUAAAACUUUAUAUAUGAUCGGAGACAACCCUUCGGUUGACAUCAAAGGUGCAAAAGAGGCUGGGCUUCCUUGGUUCUCUAUUUUGACUAGAACCGGAGUUUUCAGAGGAAAAGAGAAUGAUAAUGAAUUUCCAGCAGAUAAGGUUGUUGACACAGUGGAAGAGGCUGUGGACUAUAUUUUUGAAAGAGAAAAAGUUCACUGUUAAUAGCCUGCUGGCUUCUUAUUGAGCCACAGGCUACUGAAUGCAGAGUUUCACUGUUAAUAGCCUGCUAAAACAUCAAUAUCCUCUUAUUUCCCAAAAUGGAAAUUCAUGCUAUCAUUUUUGCGUGUUUUAUUUGUUGAUAUAUCGGUAUUUUGAAGCUUCACAAUUCAUUGCUGAAUUGAUAUAAAUAGUGAAGUUGCAAGCUAAUCAAUAAUCACUGCCUCAGCGAGACGAUCCCUCUUCAACUUCUUGGUGGAUUACGAUCCACCUUUUGAUAUUCUGAAAUACUUGAUUGUUCAAACAUUUUCUUCAAUCUCUUUGAUGAUCAACAAAGAGAUGUAGAAUUAUAAUUAUAAAUUUCAAGAGAACACAAAGCAGAUUUCCGGAAUAAUGUAAUUACAACUUUACAAGAUAUGAUAAAAUAGAGUCAUAUACAGUACUUAAGUCUGCUGAAUUUGCAACAUGGUUGGGACAAAUGAAUCAGGCAACGAAGAAUGAUGAAUUGUUGAAAUUAUAUGUCUCUACCUUUCUUUGUGUCGUCAUAUUUAUGAAUUGAAUUUUCAAAACUUAAAUUCUUGUGAGCAGAUAUUAAGAAUGAUGUAAGUAGACAUUUAAGGUAAUGUAAGCAGAUAUUAAGAAUACGGUAAGUAAGCAUUAUUCUUUAAUGGAUUGGGCUAGAGAUACGUUUCUCAAAGAGACGGUCUUUCAAGAGCCUAGCUGUUUUCAAAAUUGUCUUUAAUUCAUUUCAUACUUUCAUGUAUCUAACUUCUU